AUGGCUGCUGUCUACUCUGGCGUGUCUCUCAAGCUUAAGAGCAAGACAACUUCCUGGGAAGAUAAACUAAAAUUAGCUCACUUUGCUUGGAUUUCCCACCAGUGCUUUCUUCCAAAUAAGGAACAAGUAUUACUCGAUUGGGCAAGACAGUCAUUGGUUGCAUUUUAUAAGAAAAAACUUGAACUGACAGAAGAUGUUGUUGAAAGGCUUUGGGUCUAUAUAGAUAACAUUCUACAUAGCAGGAAACUGCAGAAUCUUCUCAAGAGUGGAAAGACCAUAAAUCUUCAGAUUUCCCUCGUCAAGAUCAUAAAUGAGAGAAUAGCUGAGUUCUCUCUUUUGGGAUCCCAAAGAAACAUAUGUGCUGUCCUGAGCUGCUGCCAGGGCAUCCUGUCGACACCCGCCCUUGCUGUCAUCUACACGGCCAAGCAGGAGCUGAUGGUGGCCUUGCUGAGCCAGCUCUGCUGGUCGGCCUGCAGGCAGCCGGAGGGAGCUGCAGUCACCCCGUUGUUCGAGGUCAUCCACCUGGCCCUCGGCCACUACCUCUUGAUCCAGCAGCAGCAGGUCAACCCGAGACGUGCCUUUGGGGAUGUGACUGGGCACCUGCUCCAGCCCUGCCUGGUCCUGAGACACCUGCUCUCAGGGGGCACCUGGUCACAGGCUGGCCAGGUCCAGCUGCGGCCGGCACUGAUCCGUGAGGUGAGGAGUAAGAUUGAGGCUGUGCUUCGAGGUGGGGUCUUCCAGCCUGAGCUGCUCUCAUCCUACAAAGAGGAGCUCUUGGACCAGCAGCAAGGGGACACAAAGAUGGGGGCCAUGAAGAACCUUCUAACCCCCAUGGGCACUGUGAUCGCCAGGCUGGUCGAUGCUGCCGACCUCGAGCCUGCCCUUCAUGGUUCUGUUGUGGCCAGCUCCGUGGCCUUGCUGUUCAAGCUCUUUCUAGAUUCCUACUUCAAGGAGGGGAACCAGCUUCUCUGCUUCCAGGUUCUGCCCAGACUGUUUGGCUGCUUGAGGGUUUCCCACCUGCAGGAGGGGCAGGUGGGAGCCCUGUCCACGUCAGAUUGGACCACAGAACUGCUGGCUGUGGAACAGCUGUUGAACUUGGUGGCCAGCAACAAUAUCUACAACAUUGCCGCCGACAGGAUCCGGCAUGGAGAGGCUCAGUUCCACUUUUACCGCCGCUUGGCCGAGCUGCUGAUAAACCACUUGCAAACACCGGUACCGGCCUGGUUUCGCUGCCUCAAGACUCUGAUGUCCCUGAAUCAUUUGAUUUUGGAGCCAGACCUGGAUGACCUAUUGGCUUCGGCUUGGAUCGAUGCAGAAGUAACAGAGUUUCGAACCAGAAGAGCCCAGGAGGUGCUUAUUCACACCCUCUUCCAGACGUAUGCCAAGCUCCGACAAGUGCCGCGGCUGUUCGAGGAGGUUCUGGGGGUGAUCUGCCGCCCGGCGGCCGAGGUGCUGAGGCAGCCUGUGCUGGCUGCGGGCCCCUCCACCGUGCUCCGUGCGUGCCUCCUGGAGCUGCCUCCGAGUCAGAUCUUGGACACCUGGUGCCUCGUGCUGGAGAAGUUCCAGUCCUUGGUCCUGCCGUAUUUGCAGAGUGACACCGACAUGGCCCUAAAGUCGCUGUCUCUGAGCUCCCUGCUGCACUGCAUCAUGUUCAACAUGCGCAGCCUGGACAGCAGCACACCGCUGCCCGUUGUCCGACGGAUGCAGUGCACGAUGGAGCGGAUGCUGGGAGAGCUCGUGAGGCCCCUGCUGGCCCACAUCUCGGAGCCCCCGGGCCCAGCGUCUGAGCUGUGGCUUCAGAAGGUCAGCGAUUCCGCCCUCCUGCUGUCCUGCACCUGGGCCCAGGUGGACACCACGCUCAGUCUGCACUGCAGCCAGUAUCAUUCUGUGUCUGAGGCCCUGGCAGGGGCUGCUCUGGGGACCCCGAGCCUCCCUGCGCUGCUCCCAGGUGUAGAAACACAGUCCUGGAAGAAGGUAGAGAAAUUGGCAGCUCAGUUCAGCUCCGUGGGCAGGUAUUGCUUAGAGCAGCUCUAUCUGCACAGAAUGAAAAGGACUUUAAUGCAGACUAGUUUCCGGUGUGAAGAAGCCCUCCAGACUCUGAGGUCUGACACCGCCUGCGUUAUUGGUUCUGGCAGAGAAAGCUUGAAUCAAAGGACGUCAGCUUCCUGGGAUGGCCAGGUCGGCACAGUGAGCGCCUCCACGUACCCUGUAGCACACUGGCACUUGAUCGCUUCCAAUCUCACACUUUUAAUAUCCUAUCUCUGUCCAGAUGACGUGAGACACCUGGCCAGCGUCCUGCUGAGAACUUUACCAGAGAGCAGAGCCCAGGAAGGCUCGGCAGACGAAGAGCCAAGUAUCACGCUGGAAAAAAUAUCCAAGGCCGUCCUGCGCAGCCCUCUCUUUCCGGAGAUGCGGUCCCUUCACGCUGCCUUCUUAACGUGCGUGGCGGAGCGCUGUUCCAGCAUUCUGCGUUCUGGUGUCCAGAGCGACCCAGGUCCUCUGAGUGAGCAGCUACCCUGGAUUUUUGAAAAAGACCACAUGGUCACGGCCCAUUGGGAAAGCAGAUUUGUAAAAGACGGACGCAAAAGCGUCGAACCAAGAGGAGAAAUUGCCCGGAACUUACUGUCCCUGGUCAAGAGUGACUUCCCCAUCCAGCUGAGGGGCGAGCAGCUUGAACGCACGCAGGGGCUCUUGGAGGUCAUUUCUGCCCUCCAGCUGGACAGCCUCCCGCCGCCCUGUCACGCGCGUUGCUUCCUUCUGCUGCUGUCCAUGGCUGUCACCAAGCUGGGGUGCGACUGCUCCUCCUCGCCGGCCCUCGAGUUCCUGAAGACUUGCUACCGGCUUCUCGGUCACCUGCAAAGGGGCAGAAGCGCCCUCUCAGUGUUCAGGAUCAUGUACGUCAGCGACGUUUUUGAGAUUGUCCUGAGCUCGUCGUUCAAAGCCAGCAGUAGCCUCCGUGUUGCGGUGGAUGACCCCUCUUGGCUGGAAUUUGUCCAGGCAAUCGGUGCCUUCUUAGAGCAGCUGAUGCACACGCUCGUCCAGAUGAAGCUGAGCCUGGGGCUCAAUUUUGGGAAAAUCGCUGCAUUCCUCUCAAGGUGCACAAUGCACACUGAGGCAGCUUCCAGCAAACAGCUGGAAAAUCAGAGCCUUCUGGGCAGGCAGCUCCUGCUGGUGUCUCUAACCAAGUUGUGCCAGGUCCUGGGGCCUUUCGUCUGUGAGCGGAAGCAGCCCCUGGAGCCCCCGGACGAGCUGGCCAUGCUGCUGCGGCAGGCCGUGCUGCAGACGGGCACUGUGCUGCAGCUGUGCUCAGUGUCGGGAGCCCAGGGCCAGCACCUGCCCGAGGCCCUCAUCUCUUCUGCCACCACGCUCCUGGAAGCACACCUGAGCUGGUGCUGCGGGGAUGGAGGGGCAGACACAGGGCCACCCCUCCAUGCUGCCUUCCACCAGGGCGUCUGCUCUCAGAUCCUGUCGGAGCUGCCGGCUCUGGGGGUCAGCGCUCAGUCCUUCCAGGCAGCCUUGCAGUUUUUAACUCUGUUCUUUCUGGCCCCAGGACUCCAUCCCAAGAAGGGCUCCAUCUUCACCUCCGUAUUUCAUUCUGUGAGGAAAGUUCUUGCAGAUCCUGAAAUUCCUGCUGAGGUGACCCGGGCUGUUGAACCUCAUCUGGUAGCCCUGCUCACCCAGAUGCUGGAGGUGGGGACCACGGAGGAUGUCCAGCUGGUAGUGCGGCACGUUCUGCAAGGCCUGGAUGUCAGUAACGCGUGGAGAGCAGAUGUGCAGGCUGUCUUGUCAGCUGUCACCGUGCUCAAGCUGCUGCUGAACUGUCCACUGCACGGAGAGAAAGCAAGUCUGCUGUGGCGUGCGUGUCCCCAGAUUGUCACGGCACUCGCACUGCAAAACCGAGAGGCUUGUUGGGAGCGGCCGGUGCCCCUCGCGGUGGUCGGGCCCAUCCUGGAUGUGCUGGCCGUGCUGCUGCGGCGGGGGGAGGAGGCCAUCAGCAACCCCCACCACGUCAGCCUGGCCUUCAGCGUCCUGCUGGCCGUCCCCCUGCAGCACCUGAAGCCCCCGGAGUACGGCAGCGUCUUCCCCAGGGUGCACAGUGUGCUAUUCUCCAUUCUGCAGUGCCACCCCAAGGUGAUGCUGACAGCCAUCCCGUCCUUCCUGAACUGUUUUAAUAGAUUGGUGUUCUCAGUUAUGCACGAAGGGCGGCAGAAAGACACAGGAAGCACGGAUGACCUGCCCAUGGUCGUGGAGUGCGCACGCCUGGUGGAACGGAUGUACAGCCACAUCGCCGCACGAGCCGAGGACUUCACCGUGUUUUCCCCUUUUAUGGUGGCCCAGUACGUGACGGAGGUGCAGAAGGUGACCCUGUACCCAGCUGUGCGCGGCCUGCUGCAGGAGGGCAUCUACCUCAUCCUGGACCUCUGCAUUGAGCAUGACGUCCAGUUCCUGCGGGCCUCGCUGCCACCGGGCGUCCGGGACGUCUUCAAGGAGCUCCACAAUGAUUACCUCAAGUACCACAAGGCUAAACACGAAGGGGAGAGAAGAUACACCGUCUGAGGCCACGUCCCAGAGGUGCCCACGGGGACGUUUUACAGACGCUUCGGCCUCAUGGUCUGAUCGAGCUGGAGAAUGAAAGACUUUGGAUGUUCUAAUUUGCAAUGUAUGUGUAGAAAAUCCUUUGGGGUCGUUGUGACACAUUUUGAUGUAUUUCCUAUUAUGUUUUUCUCACUGGGUAUUUUUUAUUGUAUCUUUUUAUGCAGUAAGUAUUGCAAUAGAAUCCUGAAAACAGCAAUGAGAUUAAUUCAGCAGAAAAAUUGCCGACUCGUGCCCGUUCUCAUGUGGUUCUUGUUUUGGUUCAGGGGUUCAGUGACCCCUCUUCCCACUAGGAACCACGCAGAACUUGGUUUUUUCCUUCAGGUACAUGGGUGAACAAUCAAAUCCUAUUUAGAUAUCUUUCCUUUUAAAUUCUUCAUGCAGUAAUGGAAGUACCCUCAGACCCCGCUAUUUCUGCCUUCCCUGCAUGCGCACCUUCUGGAGGAGCCGGGGAAAGUGGAGCUUCGUGGCUCCACGAGUUACA